AUGCCACAACGUUGCAUAAUUCCGGGUUGUUUUGGAGAAGCGAAUCGUUCAGUUUUUAGAGUGCCAAAGAACAUUGAUAGACGUGAAGAGUGGUUAAAAGCUAUUCGUGAUGUGUUUCCUAACCUGGAUGUUGGUGAAAAUUUUUAUGUUUGUGAAAAACAUUUUAAAGAAGCAGAUUUUACGGCAUAUAUAAUUGACAAAUCUGGAAAAAUUAUUCAAAAGGUAUCAUUAUAA